AUUAAAGUCCUCUUCCAUUCUAUAUAUAGCCCCUACCUCCUCCACCUCCUUUCCCCACUACAACACACAAACACCAACAACCAAAUCAAUCCAUCCACCCUAGAAACAACAAAGCACUCUCUCUUCUCUCAUUCUAUUAUCUUCUCUCAUCCUCUUAUUCUCUCCAAACCAACAAAAAAAAAAUGGUUGCUGAGAACUACCCUUCUCCCACAUACUUCAUCCUCCUGUUCAUAACCAUAACACGUUUGAUCUCCACAGUGGGCAAAACCUCCCAAUGGACGAAGGCCCUGUCGCUGCCUCCGGAACUCGCCUCCGUCUCCCUCGACGACACCAUCUUCUGCAAGCUCCGUGACGACCCAGAGGCCCUCCAGGGAAGGGCCUCCAGGGACUACGGGAACCUCGUCCGCGAGGUUCCCUUGGCAGUCUUCCACCCAGCCUCAGCGAGCGACAUCGCGAGGCUGAUCAAGCUGUCGUACAACGGCUCUGUCCCCUUCAAGAUUGCGGCGAGGGGGCAAGGGCACUCGACAAGGGGCCAGGCGAUGGCACGUGAGGGGGUGGUGGUGGACAUGGCGGGGUUCAGAGAGAGAGGGAAUGGAGUGGGGAUAAGGGUUGUGAGUAGUGUGGACCCUAAUAAUAAGAAUGGUUACUACUAUUAUGCGGAUGUUGGAGGGGAACAGUUGUGGAUCGAUGUGCUACACGCCACGCUCGAGCAUGGACUUGCACCUAUGUCCUGGACUGAUUACUUGUACUUGACGCUGGGAGGGACUCUCUCCAAUGCUGGCAUCAGUGGCCAGACAUUCCGCUAUGGUCCUCAAAUCACCACUGUCCGGGAAAUGGACGUAAUCACCGGAAAGGGAGAAUUUGUGACUUGCUCUCAGCAGACGAAUUCGGAGUUGUUUCACGCGGUUCUUGGAGGCUUAGGACAAUUUGGAAUUAUAACAAGGGCAAGAAUUGCUCUUGCGCCAGCUCCGAAGAGGGUUAAAUGGGUGAGACUUUUGUACAAUGACUUUUCUGCUUUUACCAAAGACCAGGAACAACUAAUAUCUAUCACUGGAAGGAAACAAAAUGUUUCACUGGAUUAUUUGGAAGGAUUGCUGCUAAUGCACCAAGGACCCAUAAAUAAUUGGAGAUCUUCUUUCUUCCCUUUAGCCGACCAUGCCCGAAUAAUUUCGCUAGUAACUAAACACAGCGUCCUCUAUUGCCUAGAAGUUGCCAAAUAUUAUGAUGGCCAAAAUGAAAACAAUGUGGACAAGGAACUCCAAGUUUUACUACAAGGAUUGAGCUAUAUCCCUGGAUUUUACUAUGAAAAAGAUGUCUCAUAUUUUGAGUUCUUGAAUAGAGUCCGAAGUGGAGAGUUGAAGCUACAGUCACAAGGACUAUGGGAUGUUCCUCACCCGUGGCUUAAUUUGUUUAUACCGAAAUCUCAAAUCAUGGAAUUUGACUCGGGCGUGUUCAAGAAUAUCAUCCUUAAACGAAACAUCACCACAGGACCUGUCUUGGUUUACCCCAUGAAUAGAAACAAGUGGGACAAUAGGAUGUCAGCAUCAAUACCCGACGAGGAUAUCUUCUACACAGUUGGAUUUUUGCAUUCAAGUGGGUUUGAUAAUUGGAAGGCCUAUGAUGCUCAAAAUAAAGAAAUUCUACAAUUUUGUAACGUUGCUGGGAUCAAGGUUAAGCAAUAUCUUCCCCACUAUCGCACACAAGAAGAUUGGGCAAACCAUUUUGGCCCUAAAUGGAGGACUUUUGUAGAAAGAAAACACCAGUUUGAUCCAAGAAUGAUUCUAUCACCUGGACAAAGAAUCUUUAACAAUUAAAAUAGCUUUAAAAAUAUAUAUUACCCCCCCCCCCCCCCCCCCCCCCCCCCAAAAAAAAAAAAAUUAUAUAAUAUGGUGGGACUACCCAAGUUAGCUAGCUGGCUGAUCACAAGUGUGCACAUAGGACCCAGAAUUCAGAUGAUAGCCUUUGUACUUGUUUUUGUUAAGAGGGUGGGGUUAAAAGCUGCAUGACUUUGGCAUAUAUGUAGAUCAGGUUACACAUACUUUAGAUACGUUAGGUUGACAAAAUCAUGUGUGAAAUAAGAUGCACACAGCUAGCUGUGUACCUUUCUUUCUCUCUGUCCCUCAAUUUGUCUAUCACUAAAAAGAUUUCUAUAUAGUUUAGAACCUAGUGAAGAGAAAGAAAAAACCAUUAUAUUGAGGAUUUAAUUUUAUCACGUUCUAA